AUGCGCCAGCGGUGGUGGUUGGAGCUUAUUAAGGAUUAUGAUUUGAAGAUCCACUAUCAUCCUGGUAAAGCCAACACGGUGGUAGACGCACUUAGUCGGAAAAAUGUGGGAAAUUUGGCAAGUCUAUUGACAGAGAAAAAGGAGUUGGUAAGUGAGCUGAAUAAGAUGGGGGUCGACUUGGUGAUACAUGGUCAAAAAGCAACAGUGGCAACAAUGAUGGUCCAACCGACAUUACUUGAGGAGAUUAAAUUACGCCAACUGGAAGAUGGGGCUCUAAAGAAGAUACGCGAUGAAAUGGAGACAAAACCAAAACUGGGGUUCACUUUGACGGAUUCUGUAAAAGCAGAGCAUCAGAAACCCGCAGGAUUAUUACAACCUCUUCCAAUUCCAGAGUGGAAAUGGGAACAUCUGACAAAGGAUUUUGUUGUAGGCUUACCACGGACACCUCGAGGUAUGAAUUCUAUAUGGGUCAUUGUCGACCGAUUGACUAAGUCCGCCCACUUCCUACCUGUGAAGACCCAGUAUAAUGCCGAUAAACUUGUUGUGAUCUAUGUGAAUGAAAUUGUAAGGCUUCACGGUGUUCUGGUCUCAAUUGUAUGGACAAUCCAAGAGGACGAUUCAGACGCUAGAGGAUAUGCUUCGAAUGUGUGUUCUGGAUUUUCAGGAAAGUUGGGAAACUCAUCUACCGUUGGUUGA